AUGCUAAUGACGCAGACUCGUGUGUCGGCACUCCAGGGUCAGAAUACUAAGACAGCCUCCUACGCGAACUCGGACGUUGCCAGCCCCCUCACUGCACAAUCGCAACGCAGCUAUUCCACCGAGCCGGUGUCAACGGACAGGUAUAGCGCCGGACGUGACAGUUCCUAUACCACUUUUUUCACGACAGGCUCAACCUCAGCCAUGAACGGGAUUGUGAACACGGCGCCCCCUGGUGCCAUGUAUGUGCGCGCCCUAUACGACUACGAGGCAGAUGACAGGACCAGCUUAAGCUUCCACGAAGGCGAUGUCAUCCAAGUCAUCACCCGGCUGGAGAGUGGGUGGUGGGACGGUGUAAUCAAUGGUGUGAGGGGCUGGUUUCCAAGUAACUACUGCCAGAUUAUUACGAGCCCGGACGAACUCCCGGAACUAGAAGAGAGUGGGGACGCCGAGCAGGUUGACGAAGAGAACGAUGACCAGGAAGUUUACGAAGAGGGGUAUGAGGAUGAUGAAGCCUCUGACCGUGACGAUGCCGACGGGGCGCUUGACGCGACCGAGGGCGACAGGUCUAGGGCCGAUUUCUGGAUCCCGCAAGCCACUCCGGAUGGUAGGCUCUAUUACUAUAAUACCAUGACUGGCGAGAGCAGCAUGGAGUUGCCGCUCGAAUCUCCCUCCUCGGUCACCGAGACCGGCCCUAGGGAUCGCAUGAACGUUAGCAUGCCAGACCGGACACGGCCACCUCCAGAGAUGAUUGCCAGGGGCCUAACUCAAGAAGAAGAGGAUGAAUCCGACGUGAAUUCUGCAUCUGAGCUGGAAGGCGAGGCUAUUCUCAAUGCGUCACGGGGCUCAAUGGCUACGGCUCGCCGAGCCAAAGCGAGCGACGGCAUCUCGCCCGCAGCCUCUAUGGACUCGAUGAACGGCCAGUCCCCUGGCACAAGGGCACGUGGAGAUACCUUUGCGAACGGCAACCUACAUGCAGCGCCAAUGAUUGCAUCAGCUACUUCAUUCACCAGCGCUGCAUUCAAUCUCCCAACCGCUGCAACAAUCCCGCGCUCCUUUUUUGAUGAUGGUACUACUCCGCCUUUGACAUGGAGCCGGUUGGUUUCGAACAUGAAGAAGGCAAUCGAUCGCUACCGCGACGUCAUUCAGAGCGGCAACCGAUCGGAAUAUGUUGCUCGAGCGGAGGAUAUCUCCGAUCACCUACGUUUGCUCCUGGCAGCUGGUUCAGGCACGACCGAUAACCACUCCGGCCAGCCAUCCAUCAUAUCCACCAACAAGGCUCUCUAUCCACAUUUCCGUGACAUGAUGUCCAAGUUUUCCAAGCUCGUGAUCUCCUCGCACAUUGCAGCUGCGGACUGGCCCAGUGCAGAGUCUAUCCAAAAGUGUAUACAAGAAGCGGACGGUGUUCUACUCGGGGUAUUCAGCUAUGUUGAGGUCGCAAGGCAACAGCGCGGGGAAGACAUUCCGCGACUCUUCCCGGGAUUCGUCAUUGGGUCUAGCGCCGGCGGAAGCUGGCAGAACAACGGUCUCACUCCUCGCGAUCCCGUCACCUCCAACUUCCUCGAUGACGAAGAGGGUAUUGUGGACCCCAAUGCCGUUCUCGAUGGCAAACUCUUGGAAAGGUUGGACGAGUUAAAACGGAUGUUGGUGUCCAGCAUUCGUGAGCUGGACAAAAACCUCGUCAUUUCAGACAAGCUCAUCACCCCAUACAAGCACGAAGUCAUUGGCAAUAACGUUUGCGCCGCCGGAGGCAAGGUUCUGGAAAUGUUCAAGCCCUGGAUCGCCAUGAUUGAGUCGAUUGACCUUUCCAUACUUGGGAACACCUUUCAGACGCCACAGCUCUCCGAUUUUAGCACAAACAAACAAAGCCUCUAUGACAACAUCUCAGAUUUGUUGUUGGGUUGCCAGGCAGUCGCUGGACCCCUGGCCGAUGAGUGGUCUGAAGUAAGAGGCCAGGCACUUGAGGAAAGGCUCGAAUACGUCCGGCAAUGUGCGCGAGCACUGGAAACUAACUCAUCACACAUCGGAUUCUCGCUUCAACUCCUCUCGGAGCAGGUUUCUAUUGUUCUGCAGCAGCAAGCCGAGGUUAAUAUGCGAGAGGAGGUUAUUCAAAGAGAGCAGCUGAGGAGGACGGAGACGAUGCCAUACGAGCGGCUACACCAACGGACAGAAUCAAGAGGGUUGGUGAGACCAGGGUUGCCGAUAGGAUCGCAUUCAUUCACCGAAGGAGAAAUAUUGCCGGCCAACUUCCGGAAGGGCGACCCGUCGAAGAUGAAGAGGUUCUUUGGAGAGGAUCCUGCCCCAAUCCAAGCGUCAACGGUCGACGACACUCCCGAGUUCUUGAAGCUGGAUCACGAAAACGAUCUUUCUUGGGAUCUCAAGACUGUGCCUCCGACUGUCAAGGGUGGGUCCCUGCUAGCCUUAGUAGAGCAGCUGACCCGGCACGACAAGUUGGACGCGAACUUCAACAACACGUUCCUCCUCACGUACAGGUCGUUCACCACAGCUAGGGAACUGUUUGAGAUGCUGGUGAAAAGGUUCAAUAUUCAGCCGCCUGAAGGGCUGACGCAGCCCGAGUACGAGAUGUGGCGUGAUAGCAAGCAGAAGUUGAUUCGUUUCCGUGUGGUUAAUAUCCUCAAGAACUGGUUCGACAACUUCUGGAUGGAGGAGCAAAGCGACGAAACGAAGCAGUUGAUCCGGGAUGUUUACAACUUCGCCAAGGACACAGUCAAGUCAACAGAGACCCCCGGCUCGGGUCCCCUCAUGGCAGUUCUCGAUCAACGACUCAGCGGCAAGGAAGCGACAGGCCGGCGCAUGAUCCAGACUGUCAACCAGAACACGCCGGCGCCUAUCAUGCCCAAGAACAUGAAAAAGCUCAAGUUUCUCGAUAUCGACGUCGUCGAAUUUGCCCGGCAGCUCACAAUCAUCGAGUCCCGAUUGUACGGUAAAAUCAAGCCGACAGAAUGCCUCAACAAGACAUGGCAAAAGAAGGUUGGGGAAGGAGAGCCGGAGCCCGCGCCAAACGUCAAGGCGCUUAUCCUGCACUCCAACCAAAUGACCAAUUGGGUUGCCGAAAUGAUUCUCUCUCAGACUGACGUGAGAAAGCGGGUUGUUGUCAUCAAACACUUUGUCGCGGUUGCUGAUAAAUGCCGGACGUUGAACAACUUCUCUACCCUGACGUCAAUAAUAUCGGCGCUGGGCACCGCUCCCAUUGCUCGCCUGAAGAGGACAUGGGAUCAAGUUCCGCAGCGUAUCCACUCUACGCUGGAAACUAUGCGCAAGCUGAUGGCCAGCACCAAGAAUUUUGGCGAGUACAGAGAAGCCCUCCACGCAGCCAACCCGCCCUGCAUUCCUUUCUUCGGCGUGUAUCUGACGGACCUCACCUUUAUCGAGGAUGGUAUCCCGUCCAUCAUCAAGAAGACAAACCUCAUCAAUUUUGCCAAGCGGGCCAAGACGGCCGAGGUGAUUCGCGACAUCCAGCAGUACCAGAAUGUCGCAUAUUCCUUGCAACCCGUGCCGGAACUGCAGGAUUACAUCUUGAGCAACAUGCAAGCCGCCGGCGACGUGCACGAGAUGUACGACAAGAGCUUGAUGAUCGAGCCGCGCGAGAGGGAAGACGAGAAGAUCGUAAGAGUGCUGGCCGAGUCCGGAUUCCUAUGA